AUAAAUUCUAUUUCACCGUCUUCCCGCAAAAACUGACCUUCCCUUCUCUCUUCUUUCUGUCUUUCAUUUUUCCCCAACUCUGAUGAAGGUCAGAAAGGUCUGUAUGGAUCGCGGAAUGUGACUGCCGACAAUUCUCGCAUCUUCGUCAGAGAUCACCGGAGGUUAUCCGGAUUCGAAGAAUUUUAUGAGUUUCCGUCAGUUUGGGAUCAAAGAAUAAAAUUGGCUUUUUAAUUUUUUUGAUUGUCGAAGAAUCAUAUCAGUCUCCGAUGGGAGUGAGCUACAUGUCAGUUUCAACCGCCUGUACUGCUCUAAGCUUUAUUGGGCUUCAGUGUUGGAUAGGAUGGUCACUUGAUAAAUUAAGUUCUGAUGGACCCAUUCUUUCAAGUAUUCUCAACUCACGUGAUGCAAGUCCAGCACUUGAGGCAGUUCUGGAUUCGUACACCACUAUUGCACUGGCGGCCAAUUUUGUCAUUAACACAUUUGUUUUACUGAUUUUGUGUCUCAAGACUAUAUUCUUCGGAGAAUUGCACUCGUCUGAAAGUAGGAAAUUGGCUGAACGCCUCAUCAACUAUAUCAUCUACAAGGGACCUUUCAUCCCCCUGGUCAUUCCAUCUACAGUUUUUCAAGCAGGACUAUGGUCAACAUGGCUGGUUGUCCUAUGUUCUUUAAAGAUGUUUCAAGCAUUAGCCAGGGAUCGCCUUGAACGCUUGAAUGCUUCUCCCAGUGCUACACCUUGGACCUAUUUUCGUGUUUAUUCUAUGCUUCUCCUGGUUUUUUCCUUGGACAUGCUCUGGAUAAAGCUGUGCCUGACCAUAUACAGCACAAUAAGUUCACCAAUAUAUUUAUUGCUGUUCUUUGAGCCUCUUAGCAUUGCCUUUGAGACGCUUCAGGCUAUUCUGGUUCAUAGUUUUCAGUUGCUUGAUAUAUGGAUUCACCACUCUUCAGGAAGUAUUGCAAAUAGUCAAACAACCAAGCUAUUUGAUGUUUCUGCUGCAGGUUCAUUUUUGGAAUGGAAAUGCAUUCUUAUUCGGAACUUGGGUUUUUUCCUGGACAUGAUGACAUUGUUGAUGGCCCUUGCGCACUAUGUGCAUAUUUGGUGGCUUCAUGGCAUGUCGUUUCAUCUUAUGGAUGCAAUCCUUUUCCUUAACAUCCGUGCCUUAUUGAGUGCAAUUGUGAAACGCAUAAAAGGAUUUGUUAAAUUGAGAGUAGCAUUGGGUACCCUUCAUGGUGCACUUCCUGACGCAACAUGUGAAGAGCUGCAAGCAUAUGACGAUGAAUGUGCUAUUUGCCGGGAACCAAUGGCCAAGGCUAAGAAGCUCUCUUGCAAUCAUCUCUUCCAUCUUUCCUGCUUGCGAUCUUGGCUGGAUCAAGGUCUAAAUGAGAAUUAUUCGUGCCCUACUUGCCGGAAGCCACUUUUUGUUGGCAGAGCCGAAAAUGAAGUGAAUAGCCAAGCUGCCCAAGUUUCUGGAGAUGAACAGCUUGCACGUCAAAUGAGUCUGGUACUUGACCGGUCAAAUCUUCCUGGUCAUCCCCAUCCUACUGAAGUAUUCCACAAUCACCAACAGAACCCUUUGGAAAACCGUGAAUGGAGAGGGGCUGGUGUGGAUUCAAGUUGGUUGAGUUUGGACGGGGCGAGCUCCUCGACAAGCGUAAGAUCGGGGGGAUUUGGUAGAGUGCAAAUGAUGAUGCGACAUCUUGCAGCCGUGGGAGAGACAUAUGCCCAGACUGCCCUUGAAGAUGCUGCGUGGAGUCUUUUAUCUAUGCAUCAUUCCUCCCAGGCCAGUACAUCCACUUCACCCACCCCACCCGUGAAUCAUGAUAGUGAUAGUGGUUUGCGCUUGAGAACCCCACAUGGGGGCGUAAAUGACAACAAUUUAGCACACUUGAUGGCAAUGGCUGAAACUGUUAGGGAAGUUUUGCCUCAUAUCCCGGAUGAAAUCAUAUUCCAGGAUUUGCAGAGGACAAACUCACCGACUCUUACUGUGAAUAAUCUCCUACUAAUGUGAUCUGAAUCGGUGAUGCUCUUCCUUGAUGACAUAUUUAUUACAUAUACAUGGAUGAGUAAGGUGGGAUGCAGCUGAGCUGCAUGCCAGGUUCCACACCAUCUGUUGUAAUUUGUUGUAUCUUGAGAUAGAUAUAUAUAAUACAUAAGCUUCAUUUUUGUAUAUAGAUGGAAGCAGUUCUUCAUUUGUUAACCAAACUUCCAGUUAACAUUAUUGGAGAAAUAAUUCCUUAUAGUAAACAACAAACAAAUACAAGCACGAUCAUCUCUGCGCACAAGCCUGCUUCAUUUUCGUUUUCUGUUUGUUUUUAUAACAGAUAAGAUAAUUUGAUCUUAAUAGUUAUACCUUUUUCCUGCUUAUGACCUCUUAUUAUUAAGAGGCAAACCUUCCACACUUUAUUGAAAAUUAUUCGAUCUU